GCAUAGGAACCAUGUGUUUAUAGGUUUUUUUGGACAUAACAGGCCACAACACACAUAAACUGAGGCAAAGAAGAAUUUCCCCAAAAUACCAUAAUUUUCGUGAACGUUAAAACUGGCUUUAAUAACGACAACACCUUAAAACAAGAUUGACACAGUGCCCUGUAACAAGAGAUAGGGAUGGACAAUAAAAUAACUGAUGAACAGAUUGCAGAAUGGAACAGUAAACAGGAAGAAUUAAGGGAUAAAAUCAUAAGAAGUGAUGGGGAUUUCUCACUUUCCAAAGUAAAGUAUGUUGGUGGUUUUGACGUCUCAUAUUCCAAAAUAAAUCACGAACUGGCUGUCUCUUGCAUGGUUGUCCUUAGCUAUCCUGAAAUGAAGCAAGUCUACAUGAACACAACAAAAGUUAAACUUAGCUGUCCUUAUAAGAGCAGUUAUUUGGCGUUCCGUGAAAUUGAACCAUUUCAACAAGAACUACAGCUUUUGAAAGCAAAGAAGCCAAACCUUGAACCACAAAAUUCCUGUUUUUAUUUUUUUCUCGCGAUUCUGAAUGGCGGAACGCACCACAAAAGACAGGUUUUCCUGUUGGACGGGAACGGCUUCUUCCACAUUAGAAGAUGUGGUGCAGCAUCACACUUAGGAGUUUUAUCCAACACCAGGACAAUUGGAGUCGCAAAGAGUCUCAUAGAAAUACCAGAAGAUGGGGUGAAAAAAACUGAAGUGAUUUCACAGUUUAAAAGAUUAAGAAAGACAGGAGGAAAUGAACUUGACAUUAUUUCCACAGAAAAAAAUGAAGUUCUUGCAAAGGCAGUUUUGUAUGCCCCAAAAGUAGAAAAACCGAUUUUUGUUUCUGCUGGUCACAAAUGCUCGCUGGAAACUGCUGCAAAAAUAGUGAAAGGGUGUACUAAAACCCGUAUACCAGAACCUAUUAAAAUGGCAGAUAAAUGGUCAAGGAAAGAACUUAAAAAGAUCGAAUGAAAAUUAUUGCGACAAAUCAUGCCAUAAACUUACUAUGCACUUAUUUUAUACAGUAUUAUGCAUGUGCUGUGACAUCCUAUCUCUUUGUAAUAGUUUUAGUUGAGAAAGAUUAUUUAAUCUCAGGUUAAAACAGUCUCUCAGUUUUUUCUAUAAUUUUAAUAAGACCUGACGCUGCCAAUUCUUUAAGUUUCUAAUUACCAACUUUUUUAUAAUUUUUUAUAUUGGUUUUUAAUAUUGUCUAUUAAUUGUAUUGGGGUCUAGUCACUUGUGUCUGGAACACCCUGCCUUCAUUUUCUUUGCAUAUUAUUCUUGUUAUUGAACAAAUAUAAUAAAAUUUGCAAACGGAA